UUUUAGUAAUCGGCGCAGCAAGAAGUCAAGCCAACGUUGUCAAACUUGCCACAUGCUGUCCAGCACCUGUGUCGCGUACAUACAUAUCUCCCUCUCGCUCUCUCUCUUUCACUCGGUGUAUCUUUGAAGUUGCGUCAUAAUUGAAAACAAGUGCGAGCUGGCACCUUAAAAGGCAGCAAACGCAUAUUGAAUUCCACAUAUACCACGAUUUUUCGGCUACAGGAGGCAAACGAGUUAAUUAGACGAAGUGUGCGCUUUGGGGACUUUUUUGUUGUGUGUGUAUGUGAUUUAUCAGCGCCAUUCUUUGGCCAUAAAUGGUGCAGAGACAAACGAAAAAUUAGCAACAUUUUAGUUAAUGCACAUAAAUAAGAAAAAAACUGAAACUGAAAACUUGCUAAACUUACCAAAUCGGGCAAGACGUUCGUGUGCCGUGUUGUGCUUGUGUCGUGUGUGUGUGCGUGUGUGUGUGGGACGAUCUAACAAACUAACAAAAGAAAACAAAUAAACCAACACUAUACCCAGCCCCGAAAAAAUACAAGUUAAUGAGAGGCGCCAUAUUUGGUCAGAUUGAAGCACGCAAGAUGCCCGCCACAGUGUUGCCAGCUGCCUCCGGUCACACGACCAACAAGCUCAACAAUCACAACAACAACAAUAACAACAACAACAACAUUAUUAUGCUAAACAACAACAACAGUAGUAGUAACAAUAUAAGCAACAGCUUAUGCAACUCGAUCGCCCAUCUAAGCGAUUCAAGGACCAAUCUCACUGUCAACACGCCCACAGCCUGCCAGCGUUUAAGCGAAAUGUUUCGUCGUUCAAUUGCGAGCAGCACUCAAUCGAGUUCCCGGGAAAAUACCUACGAGGAGGUGAGCUAA